AUGCUCUGCUUGCUUGCUCCCGAAUGCCUCCCGCUGCGGCGCCUGCGCCGCCGCCCUCGCGGGCGCUCGACUGCAACCGCCGCAACCGCCGCCGCUGCUGCUGCUGCUGCUGCUGCUGCUGCUGCUGCUGCUGCUGCAGAGAAGCACCCGGAGUGGUACAGCGGGCCUGUGGGGCCCUGCGAAGCAACUCACCGCCUUUUGUGUUGGUGGAGGUUUAGGCCGACGGGGAAGCACCAGCCGGGGCUGGUGAUUCGGGACCUCGAGUCCGAGGUUGAAGCCAAACGGAUGACCCCCAGCGUCCGAGAUGCUUUGGCUGCGGGAGUGGCAGGAAGGGGGCCUCAGGGCCGCCCAUGGGGCCUCGGAUAUUGUGGUGGUGAUGAGUCUGGAGGAUUUGAAAUACUCUUUGUGCAAUUGGACCACUACUAG